CGUGUAAGGUGCGGUAGUAACCUCGUUGGUACAUGCGGUGACAUCCGACGACAAUAUUUCCAUUUUCUUAAGUGAUAUUUCUAACACAGAGAGGGAAAAAUGAUGACAGAUGAUCGGAGAGGGGGUCAGUUGUUUGGCGGAGGUCUUUUCGCGCCAAAUGUACCCUCCAGUCCAGGAGGUCCUAGUUAUCCACAGUAUUUUAAUCUAGAUCCUUCAUAUAUGACACCGGGUAGUGAAUUUAUUGUACCAGAAGGAGCACAACAAACUAGAGGUCGCUUUGAACUUGCAUUUUUACAAAUUGGAUCAUCUGUUAUGGCAGGUUGUGUACUGGGCAGUAUUGGAGGUGUAGUAAGCAAUAGAGAAAUUUUGAGAUCUGGAGAGAAACAUUUAAAAACCACGUUUUCAAAUAUAGUAUUUAACAAUGGAGGAAAGUGGGGAAAGAAAUGUGGUGUUGUAGCAUUUUUAUACAGUGGAGUAGGGACUUUAUUUGGUCUUGCAAGGCAGCAUUUGUUGUCUCAGGAUGAUGAUGGAAUUAACACAAUGACAGCAGCAACCACCACAGGGGUGCUGUAUUCAUUGCCACAGGCUUUAAAGCACAGUGGUCUCAAACCUGUUGCAAAACAUUUAUGCAGGGGUGGACUUGUAGGGGCUGUUGCUGGUGUCGUCAUCUUGGGAAGUGAAUAUUUUAUUGGAUUUAAUACAAAAGGAAGGAGGGCAUGGUAUUAUUAAGAGAGACCAAGAUGAUAGACAAUAUUUUCUGUUGGCUGUUUGAAGGAAAAUGGAGAAAAAUCUUCACACAGCGACGAAAGCUAUGGAAAUCCUGCCAAGUGCUUGUAAUUUUCGAUUCCUUGUAAAGUAAAUAAACCAGAAUUUACUUUUUAACAAGGUUGACAAAACUGAACAAAUCACCAGAGCAAAGGAUUCUUUUCCCUGACCAGCUCAGAACAUGCAGCAGAAACACGGAGCAGGAGCAUUUGUAGGAAAAAAUAUGCACCAGC